AUGAAAAUCCCUGCAUCGUCUCCUCAGGACAAUCAACCAUCGAACACGACCAACAAUAAUAACACUAACAGUACUGAUAGUAACCAAUUAUCCAUGGACGAACAUGUGAUGCGUUCCAUGGAUUGGGAUUCGAUAAUGAAGGAAUUGGAGCUUGAUGUUGAUGAUGACUCUGCUCCUUCUUUGAAAACCGGAUUUUCAACCACCGAGUCUGCAAUCGGUCCACUUUACGCCGUCGAUUCCAAUCUCCCUGGGUUCCCCGAUCAGAUUCAACCGUCGGAUUUCGAGUCAUCCGAUGUUUAUUCCGGUCAAAAUCAGACAACCGGGUACGGGUUCAAUUCUCUCGACAGCGUCGACAAUGGAGGAUUUGAUUUCAUAGAAGAUCUCAUCCGAGUCGUGGACUGUGUCGAAUCGGACGAGUUACAGCUCGCUCAGGUGAUUUUGUCACGGCUCAAUCAACGCCUGAGAUCUCCGGCGGGUAGACCGUUACAGAGAGCGGCGUUUUACUUCAAGGAAGCUCUUGGCUCGCUGAUAACCGGAUCAAACCGGAAUCCGAACCGGUUAUCUUCAUGGUCGGACAUUGUUCAGAAGAUCCGAGCGAUCAAAGAGUUUUCCGGGAUUUCUCCGAUUCCUCUCUUCUCUCAUUUCACGGCGAACCAAGCGAUCCUCGAUUCGCUUAACUCGCAGUCUUCUUCUCCGUUCGUCCACGUGGUGGAUUUCGAGAUUGGAUUCGGUGGUCAAUACGCAUCGCUCAUGAGAGAAAUCGCGGAGAAAUCCGUCAGCGGCGGGUUUCUGAGAGUUACGGCGGUGGUGGCGGAGGAGUGUGCCGUCGAGACGAGGCUAGUCAAAGAGAACUUGACUCAGUUCGCGUCGGAGAUGAAAAUUCGUUUCCAGAUCGAAUUCGUUCUGAUGAAGACUUUUGAGAUGUUAUCAUUCAAGGCGAUUAGGUUCGUGGAGGGAGAGAGAACCGUCGUUUUGAUCUCACCGGCGAUAUUCCGCCGUCUGAGUGGUAUCGCUGAUUUUGUGAACAAUUUACGGAGAGUUUCACCAAAGGUCGUCGUUUUCGUCGACAGCGAAGGAUGGACGGAGAUCGCCGGAUCUGGAUCGUUCCGGAGGGAGUUUGUUAGCGCUCUCGAGUUCUAUACGAUGGUGCUGGAGUCGCUAGACGCAGCUGCUCCUCCCGGAGAUUUGGUGAAAAAGGUCGUGGAAGCGUUCGUUUUGCGACCGAAAAUCUCCGCAGCGGUGGAAACGGCGGCGGAUAGGAGAAAUGGCGGUGAGAUGACUUGGCGGGAAGCGUUCUGCGCCGCCGGGAUGAGGCCGAUCCAGCUAAGCCAGUUCGCCGACUUCCAAGCUGAGUGUUUGCUGGAGAAAGCGCAGGUUAGAGGAUUCCACGUGGCAAAACGACAGGGAGAAUUGGUGCUGUGCUGGCACGGAAGAGCUCUUGUUGCCACGUCAGCUUGGCGGUUUUAG